CAAACCACAACUAAGAGCUUUCCAUUUAGCCACGGAAGGAAAAGCUUGAAAGCAAUUCAUGAAUCUACACUAAAACCACUAGAGCUAUAAUUAAAUCAACUCUUAAAGUAGUGUAACUCUUUUUAUGGCUGAAAUAGCAGUCUUUAUUUUAAGCAUCAUUGGAGAAAGAGGAGGAGAGAGGCAAACAUUUCCAUGUGAAGGCUUGGAAACUCCUUUCAGCGUACUAAACAUUCACCAAGGCUUCCUGUGUGCCGUGGAGUUUGUCCUUUCCCUGCUGGCUGGAUUUGCAUCCCGUGUGACCUCCAGCAGCCGGCUGGAAGCCCUUCUCCAACCCGGCAGCAGCUGUGUUCGGGCGAAGGACAUCGGUGGGACAGCGGGGACUGGGACGUGCGCGGGCGCAGGACCUCGCCUGGAGCUCGGAGAGCCCCGAGGACGGGCGGACAGCGAGCGAGCAGCGAGGCGCGACGCGGCACCGCCGGCAGCCCGGGCGGCCGCCCCGAGCGCUCCCCGCACACGCCCAGCAGCCGCGGAGCACCUGCGGCCGCCGCGCCCGGCGGGCAGCCCGUGCCUGGCGGCGGGGCGGUCACCGCCGGAGGCUGCCCGGGGCGGCGCGCAGCCUGCGCGGUGUCUCCGGGGGCUCGCCCGCUCCCCGCCCCGCCGCGCCGCUGCCCAGCCCUCCUCCCCGGCCGCGGGCAGCCCGUGCGCGGAGCGGCGCGCAGCCCCCGCGGGAUGGCGGGGCUGUGCCUGCGCCUGUGGCUGUGCGCGGCGGCGGCGGCGGCGGAGCUGCGGCUGACCCUGCUGCACACCAACGACGUGCACGGGCGGGUGGAGGCGCAGGGCGCGGGCCCGCGGCGCUGCGCGGCCGGAGCGCCGGGAUGCUUCGGCGGCGUGGCGCGGAGAGCGGCGCGGGUGGCGGCGGAGCGGGCCGCGCACCGCAACGUGCUGCUGCUGGACGCCGGGGACCAGUACCAGGGCACCGUGUGGUUCUCCCGCUUCAAGGGCCGGGAGGCGGUCCACUUCAUGAACCUCCUGCGCUACGAUGCCAUGGCUUUGGGUAACCAUGAGUUUGAUGAAGGUGUGAGUGGAUUAUUGGAUCCUCUUCUUAAAAAUGCAAAUUUUACUGUCCUGAGUGCAAAUAUUAAAGGGAAAACUCCAUUAGCAAAUGAAAUGAUGAAAUAUGUUCAUCCUUUUAAAAUAGUUCGUUUUGACUCAGAGUCAGUUGGAAUUGUUGGCUACACUACAAAGGAAACUUCUUUUCUUUCACAGCCAGGGGAUGAUGUAACCUUUGAAGAUGAAAUUGAAGCGUUGCAACUGCAAGUGAAUAAACUUACUGCUAUGGGAGUGAACAAAAUAAUUGCACUAGGACAUUCUGGUUUUACCGUGGACAAAAAUAUUGCUCAGAAAGUGAAAGGAGUGGAUGUUGUGAUUGGAGGACAUACAAACACAUUUCUCUAUACAGGCACCCCACCCUCCACUGAACUGCCAGCUGGCCCGUAUCCAUUCAUGGUUGACUCAGAUGAUGGGAGGAAGGUGCCAGUUGUACAAGCUUAUGCUUAUGGAAAAUAUCUUGGUUACUUAAAUGUUACAUUUGACAAGAAAGGAAAUGUAGUUGAAGCAGUUGGAAACCCCAUUCUGCUGGACAGCAGCUUACCUGAAGAUGAGCACAUUAAGGAAGAAGUGGAAAAAUGGAGAGAAAACCUGGGGAAUUAUUCUGAAGAGAUUGGAAAAACUAGUGUUUACCUGAAUGGUACAAGCCAAGCAUGCCGUUUCCAAGAAUGUAACAUGGGCAAUUUGCUUUGUGAUGCUAUGCUUUAUGAGAAUGUCGGGCGUCCAGAUAAGAAGACAUGGAACCACGUUUCAAUGUGCAUCCUGAACGGAGGCGGGAUACGGUCACCCAUCGAUGAGCAGAGCUCUAAUGGUAGCAUUACCGUGGAAGAUUUGCUGUCUGUUCUGCCAUUUGGAGGUCGUUUUGAUAUGGUGACAUUAAAAGGCUCCACACUAAAAGAAGCUUUUGAGCACAGUGUGAGGAGAUAUGGAAAAGGAAGUGGAGAGCUGCUGCAGGUUGGAGGCAUCCACGUGGUCUAUGAUCUCUCCAGAGCCCCAGGAAGCAGAGUUGUUAGCUUAGAAGUGCUUUGCACAGCGUGCCGAGUCCCAGCCUAUGUCCCACUCCAGAUGGAUGAAAUAUACAACGUGACUCUGCCUUCCUAUAUGUUAUUUGGAGGAGAUGGUUACAGUAUGCUGAAAGACAAAAAUCUGGGAUACAGUAAAGGUGAACCUGAUGUUGAGGUUGUUUCCCGCUACCUCCAGAGAAUGAAGAGAGUUUACCCAGCAGUUGAAGGUCGAAUAAAAUUUUCUUCUGGAAGUCUUAUUGAAGCAAGUCUCACCCUGAUCUCUGUAUUGUUCACUGUAACAUUCCUGCACACUUGAUUUUUCGUUUGGAGGAAUAAAGGAGGAGAGAUGAUACUGAGGAAGCUGUAAGAGACCUGUUCUCUUCUGUUACACCUUACAAUGAAUGAGCAGUGAGGUUGCUGCAUGUCAGCAGUGAGCAGCCCCCUGCCUUGUCUGUAACCUGGUGGUGCCACUGGAGCACUGUGUGCGGAGCAAGGGGGCAGAAUCCACAACUUCUCUUGGUCAGAAUCAACAGGUACCUGAAGCUGAGGUCUCAAAAUCAAACUUCCAGUGAAUACUUACUGCUCAAUGAUAAAACAGUGACAGACUGAAAUGGGGUAUUAUAAAUUGUCAAAUUCUUUUAGCUGCUUUAGACAGUGAGUUAAGAACCUGAUUCCAGACAUAAACAAGCUUCUAGAAAUGGAUUUAUUACAGCUGUAUAUUCCUUUCUUUGAUCUCCACUCAGGGUUAAGGUAUUCAAUCUAAAAUCUCUACUUUGCUUCCAGUCAUAUUUAUCAUACUUACAUGAAGGCCUGAAAGAGCUGGAUUAAACUUUGCGCCAUUAAAAUCACGAGGUCUAUUUAAUAUGCAAUUUUAAAAAGUUUUUCAUUUACUACCGAAAAAGAAACAUCACACUUUUAUUUUCCACUAAUAAAGGAUGCAAUGAAAGCUUGACAUGAUUUUGACCAAUUUUAACAAACUGAGUAUUCUUCACUCUUAAAUAUGACCAGUUUAAGGACUGUAUCUAGAGUGAGAACACAAUCCGUGCCUGUAUUUCCUAUAAAUAUGCUCAAUUUUACACCUCUUCCAAAGAACAAGGCAUAGGACUGCUGCCUGUUACUCUGUAUUAGCAACAUUCCAAGAAAAUGUCAGAUACAAGCAUUGACUCCUGCAGCACUUUUGGCAUCCUUUGGAAAUAGUCAGGUAAUGGGGCUUUUUACAGCAUAACCUGGCUUUAUGAUAACUGUGAUUAUACCUCUUCUAUGGGAAGGCCAUGUUUAAAAAAACAGUUUUAAGAGACAGGUUAAUAAGUAUGAAAUCAGAUUAAAUGCUAAAUUUAUAUUGCUGAUGCUUUAUCAAGAAAUGAUUGCUUAUAAAAAGGGGUGAAAAUAUCAUUAUUUUUCUAAGAUUACUGGGAAUUUUGACAUCAACAUAUUUGGGUUGUUUUAUGCUGUUUUAAACUGAUUUUUUGGAAUAAACCUGCUAUGUUUUCCUGGAAA